GAAAUAUUUGUCAGUUUUGAGUAGAACAUGGAUGAUUGUUUGGUGUCACAAAUAAUUUGAGAAAAAAACGUGUAUCUUUGUUUGGGUUAAAUCUUGCAAUAAAUGUUUCACCAGCUUUCCUAUGAGCUCGAAACUUCAAACUUAGCUCAGAACCAGAUGGCGAUGCAAUAUGAAAGGUAUUAGUCCGCUAGAUGGAGCAGGAGUCGAGAUAUUUGAAAAGCCCGUAUUUAUAGUCUGAUCUGGUUCAUAUUUGGAAUGAUUAGGGCUGAUCGGGAUCUUGUGUACAUGCUCUUGCUUUUGAAUAUUUCGGUGAAUUUGUAAAUUCACAACAGCAUUCAGACGGUUGCCACAGCCCUUAUGUACAUAUAUCACCUACAUGGAGGGAAAUAAUUUCAUAAAAAAAAUUUGCUGGAAGGUGGCAUCGGGUUCAAAUAUGUCGAAACCCUAUGUAUGGUCUGAUUUAGGUUAUAUUUAUAAUAUAUAUUAUCUACAUUAAAGGAAUAAUUCCACAAACGAUUUUGCCGAUAGGUGGCGCAAGUCAAGAUAUUUGGAAAACUCGUAUUUAUAGCUCCGUUUAGUUCAUAUUUGGAAAGCUUGUUUUAAAACUAUUUUUGUAAAAAUAACAAAUCGGGCAAAUCGAGCAGAAAAAAGAUAUCACCAAAUGAACCACCUGGGCCCGGAAUACGAGAACACUCUUGGCAAUAUAAAUAAUUUCAGCAGAUCUCUCAAACAGGCGAAAUUUGAAAAUUGCAGCAGCGAUCACACAAUACAUAUAAAGUUAUUUCAGAAUUUCUUCAUUAAAAAAUAUAUUAAAACUAAAUAGUAAAUAAUAGAUUUCGGGGUCCUCAUAUUUCCUACGACGACUCCGAACGUCAAAAAGCUAUAGGUUUCCUUGCCUACGCAGUUUUUUCUACAAUUUAUCAGUAUAACAGACUUCGAAAAAUCUUGCAUUGUCACGUGUGACACGCUCUUUAUUUUGAAUUAUGUUGCCACCCUUCCUCAUAACUAACUGUUAUACUUAUUUACUACAAUGUUUACAAUAAAAACAAAAGUUACACGACCAAGCGGACCAAGCAAGCAUUUAUUUUUUUUUUAAUUUUAGAAAUACAAUAUGGAAAUAAGUAUUUUUAAACAAAAUAUUAAGAGAUAAUAAAAAAUAAUCAGCAAAAUUUACACAUUUAGUAGAACGAAAUUAAAGGGGCGACCCUGCGAUUGUCACAUUUGCAACGACCAGCAACUUUACUGCAUUCGAUCGUAUGUUUUCUGCCAGAUUUUCUGAUUUGUUUUGCACAUUGCACCAAACUACACUGCGACGGCCGAUACGUAUUCCGAUUUCAAUGAAUUUAAAUGGAGGAAACACUACAACCACAAGCGGCAAUAGCGAUACCAACGAGGUGUGCCUUUGGAGAACCAGUGAGCUGCUAAAAGGCUGUCAUACAGUGGGGAGUGGUUACGCUUGUAUCGUGCUUAACCGGCCAAUACAAGUGUCACCGCCGAUAGUUAAAAAAAUAUGGCAAAAUGCACAAAUUCGUUGCCUAAUAGAUGGUGGCGCUAAUCACUGGAAUGAAUUCAUGCAUAUGCAUUGUGAGGGAGAGAAACUAAAGCUACCGGAAUAUAUAACUGGAGAUUUCGACUCCAUUACAGAAGAAACAAGGAAGCUUUUUAGUGCACCAGAUAUUAAAUACCAACACACACCUAACCAGAACGAGACAGAUUUUACAAAAGCUUUACGAUUUUUGCAACCACAGAUGAAAUCAGAAGACAUACAGGAAGUUAUUGUAUUUCAAGAGAAUACAGGCCGUCUAGAUCAGAUAAUGGCGAAUAUAAAUACUUUAUUCAAAUUACAAAGCGAUCUACUUAACAUAUAUCUCUUGAGUAGUGCUUGUUUGAGCUGGCUACUUCUGCCGGGUAAACACAAAAUUAUAAUACCAAAAGAACUAGUCCACUGUCAACGUUGGUGCGCAUUGAUACCGGUUGGUAGUAGAGCGAAUUCAGUGACUACUACAGGAUUGAAAUGGAAUUUAUCGAAAUCACCUAUGGAGUUUGGUCAUAUGGUUAGCACAUCAAAUACCUAUGCUGCUCAAGAGGUAUGCAUAGAAACAGAUAGUGGUUUAAUUUGGUCUAUGGGAUUAUGGGCACAAAAUGACUAACAAUAGUAGUACUUCAAAUGACACGUUAGGCUUAGUAGAUAAAUAUUAAUGUAGUGUAGCAGGUAGGUAAUUCUUGUUCCUAGUUAUGUAAGUAGUUAAACUUAAAUUGCGAAAGCUAUACUGCAAUACGUUCCAUGGUAUUUUUUUUUUUCAAGAAAUGUCUGAUAAGAUCUUAGGAAAGCAUGUUGCGUCUGAUGAGUAAUGAUCUAUAGUUGCGUUCAAUGAAAUAUUUAUCUAUUAGAUAAUUAUUUGCGAUUGCGCAAAAUGUGUUUGAUGUUACACAACCCUGUAAAAGGGCAUGUUUUUGCCAUCUUGUCCUUGUCCAGCAUUUCAUAAAAGAGAAAGGGGCAUCAAAAUGCGACAUUUAUUUGGCAGAAACGAAAACAAUAGGUUUGGGAUAUUAAUUUCUUUGCACUAGCAAAUAUUAGUUUAAGAAAAAUUGUGCCAUUUGUCAGCUCGAUAACGCAAAAUAUUGUCCAAUUGUUACAAAGAGAAGGGUCCAAGACGAAUAAUGGUGUACAUUUUUCCUUUAAUUUUUAAACACAAGUCCACGAUUUCAUGCGUUUGUGAGAUUCUAUAAAAAUUCUUAAAAAUGUUACUUAGUGGCAAGGUGACUUAUAGUCGAAUAAAACUCGUAUGCUUACAAGCGGCUUCAAACAUACUUAGGGCGGUAGUGUCACUUGCGAAGCGAUUGAAUUUGGCGAAGCGAACGGUUUGGCGAAGCGAAUCAAAAGGCAGAGAAGGUAUUAAAAGUGUGCGCGAUGCGAAGAACUUGCACAAGCUGGUAAAAGCGAACACUCUUAAUGCAUAUUUAAGUUGCGUCCGCCUAUCCAUUCGCUUCGC